ACUAAAACGACGAGAAACAACAACGGAAGCCUUCAGCUGUCAGUUUCAUAACAACAGUCCGAUGCAGCGCUGAAACAAAGCCGAGUCCUCUUUAUGAGAGCAUUAUGGACCGGUCCGAAUCAGAGGGAGCUGAUGCUGCCGCUCCUCCGCCAGACCAGAACCCCAAACCGGAGCUUUCUGCCGCCAUGCGGGCUAAGAUAGAGAGAAACCGUCAGCAGGCGUUGAUGCUCCGCCAAGCGCGGCUGGCGAGCCGCCCGCUGUCCGCCGUGGAGGGGGCAACCUCGGCCAAAGUUUCCAAGACGAUCGACUCUGGCGCUGGUUUCUUUAUCGAGGAGGAGGAGGGCGGCGAGGAAGAGCGGAAAACUAAGAAGGUGGUGCAUCAGCCAGCUCCGGUGAUUGAACCAGACUAUCUGCUGUGUGAUGACUGUCAGAAACCCUUCAUGGACUCUUUCCUCAGCAACAGCUUUGACUUGUCUGUGUGCGACAAAUGCAGAGACAACGAGGAGAAGCACAAGCUGAUCUCCAGAACUGAGGCCAAGCAGCGCUACCUGCUGAAGGACGUCGACCUCGACAAGAGAGAGCCCCCUCUUAGGUUCAUACUGAAGAAAAACCCUCACAACCCAUGCUGGGGAGACAUGAAGCUCUACCUUCUGCUGCAGGUAGAAAAAAGAUGCAUGGAGGUGUGGGGCUCAGAGGAGGCGCUGGAAGAGGCCAGAGAGACGAGGGAGGAGAACAAAGAGGUCCAAAAACAAAAGCGCUUUAACAAGAAAGUCAGAGAGCUGCGCAGGGCGGUGAGGAGCAGCACGUGGACCAAAAACACCAGCGCCCACCAGCACGAGUACGGACCAGAGGAGGUGGUGGACCCAGACGAGGACCUCUACAAGAAAACCUGCACCACCUGUGGACAUGAACUCACCUAUGAGAAGAUGUAAGCACAUCUACAUUUGCACAGAGAAAAUGUUAAACUCAAAUGGACCAAGAUAAGUGGGGCUUCUUCAGGGAACGGUGACGCUUCUUUCAAUGAGAYCUUAAAYGGAAAUAUGACWAGUUUGUAUAAGCUGGAUUAUGURYAUCAAUUGGAAGUUUUUGAAACAAAGCUUGCAAAAGUGGAAAGAUUACAUGUGCAUCAGAAAAUUCUGUAUUUUUAAGCCUCAAGACAUUUAGAAGCUUCCAGCAUGGGUUUGCUGGUAGUUUUAGAAAAUGUCACYGACCUCUGUAGUGCCUUGCRAAAGCAUUCAUAACCCUAAAAUUUUAACCAAACUGCUGUGGGUUGGGAAUCAAACAUCCUUUGAGGGCUGCAGCCUGCAUUUGUUGCCCCCUGCUCUACCACUGAGCCAAGUGCUGCUUCAGAAACUACAUUAAAUGUUAAAUCAUGCAUUAUUUUUGCACUCCUGUCAUAAAAUUUGUGAAAAAUGUAGUUGUGAAUCUUAAGAUUCAUUUGCGAUUCUGUCAGACAUCCACAUUGGAAAAUGUAUUGUUGGAAAGAAAACCUUUUAAUUUUUUGCAAUAAAAGUUUAUGUAAAAGGUAUGUUUUAAAUGUAAUGAUUUUAUCAAGUGAUGGCAUAAAAUAARGUUUGUUGCAUAGAUCCACUGACUUAUUCCUGCAGUUUAAGUUAAGGGCAGAAUGAGGUGAUUACAAUUAAAGAGUUUGAACAUCC